AAGUUGAUUAUUCAUCAAAACCAAAGCAAUUUACACUUUGAUUCGUGUUCAUCACUGUUCGUGUGUACUACGCAGUUUCGCGAUCCUUACGGGCUGACCGUGUUUUUCUUCCCAAGUUAUUUCAAGGCUUAAUUACGACUCGCCAAGAUGACGAAGUUAAUACAACAAUUAAAUUUUAGUAGUAGUAUUAGUAGUAAUUACAACAAUUACUACGAUGUCGCUGGCUUGGAACCACCCGCUGUUGAAGAGAAGAAUUACUAUGGCGACAGCGCGUCUUUGAGCGCGGCCGGCAGCAAGCGCUCGGCUUUGUCGGCUUCCGACGCCGAGUGUUUUUCGCUGUGCCUGGGUGCCGGGCCUCUGUGGUGGUCCGAUGUUCCGGCUCACGGCUCGGCACCGCCCGGAGGGGUGAGUGGCGGGGCCGCGAGCCCCGCUACCCCAUCUACACCCACCCACGACGACAACAACCGUGACUUGUUGAGCGCCCUACUAUGGGCAAGCGCGAGUUCCCUCGCGUCCAGCGCGGAGUCUCUCGUCACCGAGUCCCAGUCUCCCACGCAUGGGCACCCAGCUCUCCACCAACAACGCAGAGAGGCGGUUAUCAGCAAGAUUCUGGAACGUAAGGACAGGCAGCCGGUGAAAAUCGACUUUAAGAUCUUCCUUACUGAGAACACCGUGACCCGCUGGGAGGCUGUUGUACAAGGCGGCACUAUCUACCUGCGUAUGCCGGGAGUGCUUCAGUCCGGCAGCAAGGAGAGCUUCAUGCUGCUUCUCGACUUCGCUGAGGAGAGGCUGGGGUGUAACAACUGCAUUAUCUGCGUCCUGAAGAGCCGCCCGGACCGCGCCACCAUUCUCCGCACAUUCAUGUUCAUGGGAUUCCAACUACUCCCACCAAACUCCCCUCUUAUGCCGCAAGAAAUCACCAACCCGGAGUACAUAUUCCUGCACUACAAUAUGCAGUAACACUCGAAACUUCCGAGUUACGAAAAGUCGGAAAAACUCACUUUUACUUAGAGCAACUCGAAAUUUCCGAGUUUCCGAGUUCUCUAAUUUAUUUCAUCCAGAUGUCUCAUUGCCGGCGUCUCUUUCCGACUCUCGUGGACUCGGAAUUUUCGAGUUUCACUGCACGUAGCUUCGUUAUAUAGAAACAGUAUUUUGAGAGUCGCACGUUUUCUAUCAUCUUUAUGAAUAAUCACCUGGGCUUGCUUAUAUUAUGGCAACAACAAGUCUGUAGUAUUAGAUAUUUAGGGUAUUACUAUAUGACGUGUUAAUACGAAUUUCUUUUCUUUUCAUACAUUUUAAAACUCGGAAUUUCCGAGUCUCAACUCAUUUGAGUGUAAUUGAGUAGUUAGAUCUAAACUAGGAUUCUAUUCUGCCCCUAUUUUGCUGACUUACAAUCUAGCUUUCAAAUAAUAUUUCUUGUGAAUUAAAGGAAUUCGAAUUAAUAAAACUUUCUAUGAUUUCAGCUUUUCAAUUUAAUGCUAACUUGUUUUUAUUUUCCAUAAAAAACGGACUAUUGUAGGUUUUCUUAUUAUAAUUGUAACUAUUAAGUCGUUUCUUUAACAAUUAUUAUUAUUAUACCUAUAUAUUAUUAUUAAUUAUUACUCUAAAACUUAAUAUUAUGUAUUGUCGUCGUGUAAUGUCACCCGCUCCGGGGUAGAGCAAAAAAAAAAAUUAACAAAAAAUACAAAAAAAUAAAUAAUAAAAAAAUACAUUUAAUUAAAUAAAAUGAAGGAUUUUUUAAAAAAUAUUUCGGAUUUAUUGCUUUUUGUUGGCAAGUCUUGUAACGUUAUGUCUUUUUAACAUCUUUUUUUUGAACGACUUGUCGAUUGGAAUAUUUUUUUCGGAAUAUUUUUUUUUAUUUCUUAGUUUUUUCAAGCGUUCACGGUUUGAGUUGAUGGCGAUAGGUGACCGUGGACGCUAUUGUAAGCUAGUGUAAGCAUAGAAGUAGAAAUAAGUGGUUUUACGUUAAAAUUUUAGUGAGUAUUAUGGUAAAAAUAAUAAAAAAAAAACUAUUGACGUACUAUCUUGAAAAAAAAAACUUACGAUUGAAUUUAUUCUCGUCAGAAUAGUAAGUAAUAGAAUAGUCGACCAUCAGACUCGAAAUUGACCAUUUGAAAUUUAAAAAAAAAAAAUGUGUCUUCUUAAAAUUACAUUUUGAUGGGAAUAUUUUCUUUUUACUCUUGUCACCCUAGCCUUUUUGCUACAACGAUAAGUCCCAUUUAUUCAGUAUUUUUUCAUAUGGUCACCCUUUCACCAAUUUCGUUAGGGACUCGUUGUGUAGAAUUAAUUAUAAGUCUUAUAUAUAAAUUGAUAAAGAAUUAAAGUAAAUAAUAAUCAAA